CGGAAACUUCAGCCUGUGGUUUGGGGGUGGGAGGGAAGGGGAGGUGAGCUGGAGGCUUGGGAGGGCUCCUCACCGGAAGUACCUACAGAACGUGGCCGGGGGGUCUCGGGCACCACCAGCAGGCUUGCUUCUCGGUGACUCCCAUCUUCUCAGCAGCUCCAGGAACAGAACUGAAAAGAAGCUGAACAAGGAAGCAGCAAGGCUUGAAGAAAAGCAGAAGUGGGAGCCUGCAGGCCUGACUGUCCUUCUGGAGGGGGACUGAGACCUCAGGACCGGCUGGGUGGGCGCUGCUGCAGGUGACAUCUGUGCUGGAGCGAUGGCCCAGCCGCACCGGGCUAUGUGGCUGCCCCCGGCUCUGCUGCUUCUCUGGGUCCCAGGCUGUUUUUCCCUGAGCGGCCCCCGCAAAGUGAGGGGCAUCGUGGGGGGAUCCCUGAGCGUGGAGUGUCGGUACCGAGAGGAAUUCAUAAACAAUUCCAAAUACUGGUGCAAACCCCCGUGUGUAUUAUUGUGGAAGAUGGCGGAGACCACAAAGUCAGAGAGAGAAGUGACGAGGGACCGCAUGUCCAUCAGAGACCAUCCUGCAAACCUCACCUUCACAGUGACCUUGAAGAGCCUCAGAGAGGAGGAUGCGGGAACGUACCGGUGUGGGAUCAAUGUGCCAUUUAAUAUUGACCCCAUCUUCGAGAUAGAGGUGUCUGUGAUCCCAGCACCAGCAGCGCCACCAACACCAAGGCCAACCCGACUGACUGUCCCAGCCGAGACCUCGACAAUCACAACCAAAGUUUCAACUGUGUCCUUCACCACCCUGACCACAGAGGGCACCACCCACAAUGCCAGCAGCCAGGAGGAAUAUGACCCCACGCAGAACUGGAGUGGGCGCUUAUCUACUGAACAAGAGAGGGAAGGUGGGACCCCCUGCCCCACCCAGCCCACCCUGUCUCCCUUCAGGCUCCAUGAGCUGCUGAUCUGGUUGGUGCUGCUGCUGCUCCUGCUGGGGGGCAUCUCACUGCUCGCCUGGAGGAUGGUUCAGAGACGGGUCAAAGUGGCACCCAGGGAGCCUGUGGUCCAGCCAUUCUCCUCUGAGCUCAGAUUAAAAGAGAAAAUAAGACGCCCCCAGCAUCCUGUCUGGUGCUCACUGGAGAGAAACCAGAGCCGCCCCAGAGCCGCAGUCAGGCUGCUGAGCAGACUGAGCCCUGCUAUGCAAAUCUGGAGCUGCAGACGUGGCCCCCUUCUGGAAAGCCCGUUCAACCCACGCAGGCGGAGGUGGAAUACAGCACAGUGGGCCCGCCCAGCGGCGAUCUUCACUACACCUCGAUAGUGUUUGACCCCCAGAGCCAGGAUUCCAAGGCCGACAGGAUUCCCUCCGAGACGCCAGUGUACAGCGUGGUUAAGAAGACAUAAGCUCGUGUUUCCAGCCUUACCAACUGGAGGACUCUGCGGGUCACAGGAGGCCCAGGGCUCGGCCUUCACCCCCGAGCCCCCCUUACCUGCUCCCCUUGAUGAUGACUGGCAAGGCAGCUGUGCUCCCCAAGGCUGCCCGUCUUGCACCAUCAGCCAGGCUGGCUUCCCUGAGGACGUCCGGGAAUGCGGUUCUGGAUGGUCCGAUGGGAAACUUUCCAUCCCACUGGCUCUCGAGGUCUCUCUCCUCUCUUCUCUGCUUCAUCCCAGCUCCAGGCGGCUCCAGGCAAAGGUGUGACUCCUGUCGUAUGGUACCUACGAAUAGCUUUGUAAACCACAGCCCCAUGGAAAUGUCUGGGGUUGCUGGGAAGUGGGGAGAACCAGUGAAGAGCCAGGAGAACUCAAAGGCAUUGAAGACUGGGUCCCUGUCUUCUUAUGGACAAGGAGACCAAGACUCAGGGAGAGGAGAGCCUUGCCCACAGCUCCAGAAUGAGUGGCACACUUCUCUGGACUCUUGGGAUUAUUGUUAAUCUAAGAGAUAUUAAUAACAUUGAAAGUAUCUUAAGAGAGAAGAAAAAAGUUAUUUAAACUUUGCAGCUGUAUGUCUGCAAUAUUGUAUUAAAAGUCCAUUCUUUUGAAGCCGAUUAAUAUUUCAUUGAUGUAUAUAUCACUUCAUGCUUGUCCAUCCGUCUGUCAAUAGAAUGCUUCUAUAUUUUAGCUCUUGUGAAAAAUUCAAGUUAUGAGCUUGGUGUACAAGUAUCUCUUGGAGACUCUGCUUUCAAUUCUUUUGGGCAUACACCCAGAAGAGGAAUUGCUGGAUCAUAUGAUAACCUAUUUUUAAUCUUUGAGGAACUGCGAUACUGUUAUCGGCAGUAGCUGUACCAUGUUACGUUCCCACCAUGAGUCUCCAGUUUCUUCACAUCCUUUCCAGCACUUUUAUUUUUUUUAAAUAGCAGCGAACCUAAUGCAUGUGAGGUGGUUUCUCGUUGCACUUUUGAUUUGCAUUUCCCCAGUGAUUAGUCAGGUCGAGCACUUUUCAUAUGCUUAUUGGCUAUCUGUGUAUCUUCAUUGAAAACGUGUCUAUUCAGUCCUGUUGCCCAUUUUCAAAUUGAUUUCUUUGUUGUUAUUGAGUUGUCUGUGUAUUCUGGAUAUUCAGUCUUAUCAGAUAUAUAAUUUGCAAAUAUUUUCUCUCAUUUUGUGGGCCAAAUUUUUACUCUGUUGAAGGUGUCUUUUGAGGACAAAAAGCUUGAUGUUUCAUGAAGUUUAAUUUGUCCAUUUUGUUGUUGCUACCACCUGUGCUGCUUAGGUCAUAUUCAGGAAAUCAUUGUCAAAUCUGAGGUUCUGAAGGUUUCGUCCUUCGCUUUAUUCUAAGAGUUCAAUAGUUUUAGGUGUGACUAGCUAACUUUUUAGACUAGCUUUGGCUUUAUCCUUCUUUUCCUAGCUCCUAAAGUUAUAAAGGUAGGUUUUUUAUUUGCGAUCUUUGCCCUUCUUUUUAAUGUAAGCAUUUAAAUUUCCCACUUAGCACUGCUCUCAUUGUCUUCCACAAGUUUUGUAGAUUGUGUUUAUGCUUCCACUCAUCUUAAGUGUUUUCUAAUUCCCUUUAUGAUUUCUUCUUUGAUCCAUUGGUUGUAUGAGUGUGCUGUUUCAUUUCCACAAGUUUGUGAAUUUUCCAGUUUUAAUUUUUUCCCUUUUCGAGUAUUUAUUGAAAGAUAAACAAACAUAAAUUGACUGGUUACAUAGUCAGUGUCAAUUAGUUUUUUUAAUUCCAUCUUAUAAUACCAUGUAAUGUCUUGUAAGAAAAAAACUUUUUAAGCCUUGAGUAAUGCCUUUACAGUAUGAACUGGACCAACUAUCAGACGUGGCUUCUCCCCGUCUUAAUGUGAAUAAAAUGCUAUUAAAAAACAAUGGAGAGAAUCCA